AUGGGUGAUUCUUUUCAAUUGAAAGGAAUCAAUUUGAAUCAAUAUUUGAUUGUUGUCAAUGGCGUCUGGAGAUGGAGGACAUCUUCAGAUGAGUUCUUUUCGGUCAAACAGGUCAGGAAAGAUCUUGAAGACGCUAAAUGGGCCGAUGUGCCAGAUGAUCCUGAACUUGUCUGGAAUGGUUGGGCCACACCGAAAGGUAAUCUCCUUCUGUGGAGAGCCCUCAUUGGAAGAAUAGCCUCGAGAGAGGGGUUGGUUCGUAGGGGGGUUCCGGUGGCUGAUGUUGGGUGCCCUCGUUGUGGGCUCGAACCAGAAAGCCCAAAUCAUAUUUUUUGUACCUGUUUGUGGGCUAAAUGCAUUUGGUGGAACGUGUUAGCCUGGACCCGCAUUCGUUUUCCGGCUGAGUGUUCCACUCUGGUGGACUUAGUCAGGGUUAUUAAAGAAAGCCCGGGCAGCCCUAUUUGGAAACGUCUAGUGUACACCAUUGUCAUUGCCACGGUCUGGAGGAUUUGGAGUGCCAGGAACGCGAAGGUCUUCGAAGGUACCUUUAUCCCGGUUAUGAAGUCGGUGGAGUUAAUUAAGGAGGACUCUUUUCUUUGGUUCUGUAAUAGAGCCAAGAUUAAGAACCCGUCUUGGGAUAAAUGGGUAGUGUUUGAUGUUUUAGACAUUUUGUAA